CGGGAAGUACAAACUAAAGCAGAUACCUAUUCCUGUCCCCUUCCCUCUGGGUAUGACUGCUGCUGGGUAUCUGAGAGGGGCCGCAGCGUGCAGAGUCGAUGCAGUUGAGAUACUGUAUGUAUGCAUUCACUCGGAGAAUGGCAGAUAUGUUGUGGGCUCUUUGCUCUUCGGGCUUUUUUUAGGCUCGGGACCGAGAGCAGCCCUACGAUUGCAUCAGAGCCGUUGUCGAGUACAAAGGGGUUUUGUUUCCUUGUCUCGUGGAUCGGAGCUAAUAAAUCCCCUUUUGAUCUUCACUGUGUAACGUUACUGUGUAGAUCUAGUCUUCUAGGAUCUCGAUUCCUAGCAUGCGAGCAGCUGCAUGAUUAUUACAAGGAGGACAGGAUUAGGGGAUUGAGUGAUGGUCGGUGUCGAAGUGAUAGGGAGAGAGGUAUGCGGUCUUGAUGGAGAGAGGGUAGGGAGGUAUGGCUAUUGCUACCUUACUCAUGUACUGUACAGUACAUCUAGGAAAUCCCGUCAUGGGUGCUGGCUUCAAAUAUGUCCGGUGUAUGGUUGACCGUUGAGGGUAGGUUGGAAAGCUGCUGUGAGUACCCGACAAAUCCUUCCU